AUGAAGAUGUUACUGGCUGAAGCUCAGAGUCCCAUUUCUUGGGAAGUUGUCAGGGGUAAGUUUUAUGAAGAGUAUUUCCCUGACAGUGAGCGGUUUGCUAAGGAGGUGGAGUUCCUUCAGUUGGUGCAAGGUGGGAUGUCCGUCUCGGAGUACACCAACAAGUUUAAACAUCUGGUCCGUUUUAAUACCAUGGCGACAAGUGAAGAAUGGCAAUGCAGGAAGUUUGAGAACGGACUGAGGAGUGACUUGAAAGUAUUAAUAUCCAGUCUGUGCAUUGGAUCGUUCCCUGCUAUGGUCGAGAGAGCCAAAGUGUUGGAGAAGAACGUUGCUGAGGCAGAGCAACAGAAGAAACAACAAAUGAGUAGGGGGCCGGUUUUAUCAAGAAAUAAUUCGAACGUGAGAAGAUCCCCAUACGUUCGUCCAACCCAAGCCCCUAGUGGAUCACAAGCAUUGGUUAUUGUCGGCCAAUCUGGGCAGCAGAGGAAUGUGACUUGCUUUCAGUGUGGAGGACCUCACUAUCGGUGGGCAUGUCCUCAAUUAUCAGGGGGAAAAUAUUGCAAUCGUUGCAGACAGAAUGGACAUUUGGAAAAUGAAUGUAAUAUGGGGGGAUGUGCGACAAUGAGGCCACCGAACGCUGGAAGAGCACAACAAGGAAGAGGUGGACGAGCGCAGGCAGUGGGGAGAGUGUAUGCAAUCACGGGUGCUGAAGCUGCUCGCUCAGGUACUCUCAUCACCAGCACUUGCAUAUUGUUUGGAAAGCCUUGCUGUGUAUUGUAUGACUCGGGGGCAACUCAUUCCUUCAUCUCAAAGGCGUGCGUUGAGAAACUGGGGUUAGUGGAGAGUGAAUUACAGUUCGAUUUGGUGGUGUCAACCCCAGCGGCUGGUGGGAUUAGGACAUCUACAAUUUGUGUCAGAUGUCCCAUAGAAGUUGAGGGGCGUAGAUUUAAGGUUAACCUCAUUUGUUUACCCCUUCAAGACCUAGAGGUAAUUUUGGGGAUGGAUUGGUUGGCUACCAAUCGCAUUCUAAUAGAUUGUGGUAAGAAGGAGUUAGUCUUUCCUGAUGAAGAAGAAGAGGAAUUAUCAGUGACACUCGGUCAAUUGAAGGAAGACAUCAUGGAGGGAGCAAGCU